GUUUGGGGCCUAUGGGCGGGGUCCAGGAAGCCCUACCAAAAAAUCCUUCCAUUAAGCAACAAUUAAGAAUUAAUUAAAUAGAUCCAAUAGUGAAAGUGAUAGUGCUGACUCGCUACAACAAAACUCGGGGACCGUUAUUACAAAUCCACACAUUCCAGACCGUGAUCAGUGUAAUAAAGACUACGAUAAAAAUGAUAAAAAUUUAUUCAAUUUCGCGAGACUAAAUUUUUGUUAAAUUUUAAAUUAAUUCCGAGAGUCAAACAAUUAAACUAUAAACUUGCGAAAGUCUACUUCCGAGUUAUAGAUUAAAAUUAUUAUAACAAAAUCUAAGAAAAUUGAUUCUUCUGCUGAGCGAAGUGUUCGCGCCAGUUUAUUCGUAGGAUACUAGGAACGGGAAUACUGGGGAUGUGCUUAAUAAAGACACCGAAUGUAACUCUAGAAAUAAGACAAAUGUAUUUUUCCGAACUUAGAUUAGAAGCGACUUCCUAUAGGUAGGCGGCCAGGUCGUGUGACUGAGAGCGCAACUUGCGAUCAAGCUCCUCUCGCGCGCCUGCCACGCCGCGUGGUGGUUCGCCAGGGGGCGCGAAUACAUUCUUUCUGAAGCGUCUUCUUAAAAGGAAUUAAAUGGAAAGUUAUAUUUGACCAACGGACUUGAUGUUUACAAACGCUCAUUCGGCUACAUCGCGGCUUGCCUCGAAAGUGACUUCCGAUAAUCAAAAUAAACAUCUGAACUGUAGUAAGUCGAAUAGAUACAUUCCUGAAUAAUACCACAGUUAAUACAAUGUUCUGCCAAAACAAAGUACUCAAACUCUCUACUCUACUAGUUACUUCAACAAAUAGUUAGAAAAAGAACUACUCUUCAAAAAAAAACUCUUCCUCAUUCGACACUCAAGAACCAAGAACCACUCAAGGACACAGGAAAGACAAAGUGCGAAUUAUUCGCCCCAAACCUUCGCGCACGGAUUCAACUUGCUUAAUUCUACGUGCUCCUAUAAGGCGGGCGGAGAAGAUCCGCUAAAUCCGAAAGGAGAACAAUCAAGAUCCACUCCAAUAAUUGAAAACCACUCCAAAAAGCCACUCAAGGACCACAGGGCGUAUUUACCUGCCACACCACUAAACAGCGAUCGGCUCGGCGAAUUGACGCAAGUCAAGCAGCCUAGGGGAUCCUACCUCCGCUACCAACCUGCAAAAAAUGCAUGUUAACAUUCCUAAUAAAAACGAACGCGAAGCAGAAGCGAAGCCUAUACUGACGUAUAUAGUUGUUGUUGCUGCUGCUGCGAGUGGGAGAGAGGACAAUCAGCUGAUGAGCUCGCGCUCGUUCUUUCUCUUGAAUGCGUGCGCGAGUCAAUAUAAGUGCGAGUUUGUAAUUGGCCUACGGCGAGGAUAGAUGGGGGGGGGGGAAUGCGUGUUUGCGUUGUGAUACUGUUUUUCGGUAGAUGUUUAUUUCGGAGAAUUUGUCGCGGAUGUUUGUCUAUAAGAUAUAGAUAAUAUGGUAUGCGUCGGGGGGGAGAGGAAUUAGCCGCUGUUGAUCAUGCAUAAAUGAGAGUUGCGUCUUCAUUCGCGUUCUUUUCGAUUCGCAUUACUAUACAAUGCGUUGGAUACAAUUAAAUUUUUAGAAUGCUCCGAAAUACGACAACGGACGACGACACGAAUGUUACAAGAAACACGAAUAUCAAGCAAAAGAUGCCGCUUACCGCAAUUUUAUUCCUAAUAACUUCGUUAUCGAUCACGAGCGCGAGCAAUCUCAAUGUCCUCCUCGUGAUCGUCGACGACCUGAGACCGGCUCUGGGCUGUUACAACGAUCCGAAAGCUUUUACUCCAAACAUGGAUCGACUCGCCGAAAGAAGUGUCCUGUUCGAUAAAGCCUAUGCACAGCAAGCUCUGUGUGCUCCCAGUAGGAAUUCUCUCCUGACCAGCCGAAGACCCGACACGCUGGGGCUUUACGAUUUCUACAGCUACUGGAGAAAAGUCGCCGGGAACUUCACAACCCUACCUCAGCAUUUCAAGAGCAACGGCUACACCACCGCAUCGCUCGGCAAGGUUUUUCAUCCCGGCGCAAGUUCCAACGGUAACGACGACAGUCCGUACUCCUGGAGCGAAAAGCCAUUUCACCCGCAGACCGAUCGCUACAAAGACGCGCCCGUUUGCGGGACUCGAAGUUCAUCACCAGCUAGUAAUCUCGUGUGUCCCGUUCGCGUGUCUUCGAUGCCAAACUCAACGCUACCCGACAUAGAAACUCUGAAUGCGGCCAAAGCGUUCUUGAGCGGAAACAGGCGAGAGCCUUUCUUUUUGGCUGUCGGUUUUCAGAAACCACACAUUCCUUUGAAAUAUCCUAGACGCUUCUUAAAGUACCAUCCUUUGACAAAAUUUUCGGUGCCGAAAAAUUACGAGUGGCCAUUGAACGUCAGCAGUGUUGCCUACAAUCCUUGGACGGAUUUACGUCGUCGAAGCGACGUCGAGAAACUGGGAUUGGAGUGUCCCUGGGAGAAGAUACCACAAGACUAUGGCAGACGGAUCAUUCAGUCUUAUUAUGCCGCAGUGACUUACGUAGACGAUCUCGUAGGAGAUCUUCUGAACGAACUUGAACGCUUGCAUUUAAUGAAUCAUACUGUAGUCAUUUUAACGUCUGAUCAUGGUUGGUCUUUGGGAGAACACGCUGAGUGGGCAAAGUACAGCAACUAUGAAGUGGCUUUGCGAGUACCAUUGCUCAUCUCUAUUCCAAACAUUACUUUUAGAGUAAACGAUAAGUUUGAAUCGUCGGAUUAUUGUCGGUUGCAAAGUAUGAUCGUUCAAGAACCUGUCGAAUUGUUAGAUAUCUUUCCAACAGUAGCAGAACUUGCUAAUGUUAAGAUUUCGACGUGUCCAAACGAGAUAUCACAUUCAAGAAUUUCUGAUCUUUGUACUGAGGGAUCCUCCUUAGUUCCCUUGAUCAAAGCUGCCUUGACAUGCAAGUCGGUACCCUGGAAGAUUGGAGCGAUUAGUCAAUACCCACGUCCUGGCCUACAACCAUCCUGUAAACCAAGUAGCGAUGAGCCUCGUCUUCGCGAGAUCAGAAUCAUGGGCUAUACUCUACGUACGCUUCGCUACCGGUACACGGCAUGGGUGGGCUUUUCACCAAUAACCAAGACACCUGAUUGGCGUGAGAUCUUUGCGGAGGAGAUGUACGAUCAUAAAAUUGAUCAAGAAGAAAACAUCAACGUGGCUUAUUCGAAGCGCUUCGAGAGAGAAAAGAGCGAAUUGAAACAAACGUUAAUGACAGGACGGACAGCAAGAUAAAUCUUUACCUGUGUACAACUAAAUAAAGUUAUCUUCGGUUUAA